CCGGACGAUGAGUACUACGGAUAUGGCUUCAUUUCCUUCGAGGCCUUCGGAAUCGGAGUCGUUUCCCCCGACGACUACCGAACGACCACAAGCAUACGCUUAAUUGCAUGUCAAAGACGAAAGAUCAAGUGGACGCCAGCUCCUGCUCGAAGAAGGAGACCGUACAACCAAGCUCUCAAAUCCCACUUAGCACAAUGUGAAGAGCUUUUGAACAAUUCAAAUGAUCUUGGUAAUGAUUCCGCGAGGGAACACGGCACGCCCCAAAGUGCACACUUUCACACUCCGACGGAGUCAUCGCAUGUAUCAAAAUGGACUACGGAUGGAAAGCUGGCAGAGAAUCCAAAUGGAAAUGUCACGUUCAUGGAUAAUUACCUCUUAGGUAUGGUGAAUGAUGAGAAAAAGAGCACAACAACGCCCUGGAUUCCAAGCUCUCGAUGUCAAAAUCUGAUCUCAUUCUUGAUGAAGAAGACGGGCACAAGCACAGCACACGCUUGGCCAAGUCCAGCCGUUGCGUUCAAGCUUUGGCAGACCUUUCUUGACCGUCUGAAUCCAUUCACAAAGGUGAUUCAUAUGCCAAGUCUUCAGCCUUUCGUCGUCGAGGCCACCAACGGCCCUCAUUGUCUUUCGUCCAACAUCAUGUCGCUCAUGCUUUCCAUCUUCCUCAUGGCAGUAAAUUCAAUGACCGAGGACGAAUGCGACAACUCUUUGGGAAUACCUAAAGAAUCAGCCACAGUGACCUUUUCUGCAGCCACACAGCAAGCUCUUCGACGUCUGGACUUCAUAUAA